GGGGAGCGGUCGGGGUCAGACUGUCGGAGUGGUACUAGCCCUGGGCCCUGGAUUGCAGACGGUGCAAGGCGAGUGAGCAUUGGAAGGGUAGACGGACUGAUUGCCGGACUGACCGAGUUAUCGGCGGGCACUGAAGGGGAAGCAGGGAGCGGUGGCCUGAAGCUGCGCUCUGCGCAAGAUGGCGGCGCGGGGUUAGAGUCGGACUGGUGGCUAGAGCACGGCCGGUGUUUCUCUAGAAAAAUGGUGACAUGGUGGCUUGAUUUGCAGGGUGCACUGAAUGACUGACUCUCCAAAAAAUGUCAAGUUCGGGUUACCCCUCAGGUCAAGGUCCCUUUGGUACGGAUGCAACCCGUUACCCAGCUCACACAAUUCAAUACACCUUCUCCAGUAACAGACAUCAACAGGAGUUUGCAGUUCCAGACUAUCGUUCUCAUCUUCAGGAUUCACAGCUCUUACAGCAGCAGCAACAUCAGCAACUCCGAAGACGACCUUCCCUGCUUUCAGAGUUCCAUCCAUCUGACAGGCCUCAAGAAAGGAGAAGUGGCUAUGAACAGUCUUACCAUAACGUGGCUGGGCAGCCUGAUCACGAUUCACUGGAAAGCAAACGUCCACGACUUGAACAGGUACCUGAACCCCACUUUCAGCGUGCUACAGUACUACCCCUAGUGCACCCUGUAGCAGAGGGCCUUCGAGCACCCACAGAGCUAAAGAAGGAGUCCUUUUCAAUGAAAGCUGAUGUUCCAUCAUCCCCAUCUACCAACCAGCAGGGCAGUGAUGAACAAGAUUCAUCCCCUUCCAAGCUAUCCAAAGAAGAGCUCAUCCAGAGUAUGGACCGUGUUGAUCGAGAAAUAGCCAAAGUGGAACAACAGAUCCUCAAACUGAAGAAAAAACAGCAACAGCUUGAAGAGGAAGCAGCUAAGCCUCCAGAGCCUGAGAAACCCGUCUCCCCUCCUCCAGUGGAAGCGAAACAUCGAAGUAUUGUCCAGAUUAUCUAUGACGAAAACAGGAAAAAAGCUGAAGAAGCUCACAAAAUACUUGAAGGUCUGGGCCCAAGAGUGGAGUUGCCACUUUACAACCAGCCAUCUGAUACGAAGAUUUAUCAUGAAAACAUCAAAACGAACCAAGUAAUGAGGAAAAAACUGAUCCUCUUUUUCAAGCGGAGAAAUCAUGCUCGUAAACAGAGGGAACAAAAGAUCUGUCAGCGCUAUGACCAGCUCAUGGAGGUUUGGGAAAAAAAGGUGGAAAGGAUAGAAAAUAACCCUCGGAGGAAGGCAAAGGAGAGUAAGACCAGGGAAUAUUAUGAGAAGCAAUUUCCAGAAAUUCGCAAGCAGCGGGAGCAGCAGGAGCGUUUUCAAAGGGUUGGACAGAGAGGAGCUGGUCUUCCAGCAACUAUAGCCAGGAGUGAGCAUGAAAUUUCUGAGAUCAUCGAUGGACUUUCUGAACAGGAGAACAAUGAGAAGCAGAUGAGGCAGCUGUCUGUCAUCCCUCCAAUGAUGUUUGACAUGGAACAGCGCCGGGUUAAAUUCCUGAACAUGAAUGGAGUAAUGGAUGAUCCUAUGAGGGUAUACAAGGAACGACAGUUUAUAAACGUCUGGUCUGACCAUGAGAAAGAAAUCUUCAAAGAGAAAUUUGUUCAACACCCUAAAAACUUUGGUUUGAUAGCAUCUUACCUUGAACGAAAGUGUGUUGCAGAUUGUGUUCUCUACUAUUACUUGACUAAGAAAAAUGAGAAUUAUAAGAACCUUGUGAGGAGGAACUAUGGUCGUCGCAGAGGGAGGAAUACGCAACAGAUUUCUCGUCCUUCACAAGAAGAAAAAGAAGCUGAAAAAGAAGAGGAGAAAGUUGAGAAAUUAGAAAAAGAAGAGAAAGAGGAGAAAAAGGAGGAAGAAAAGGAUGAAAAGGAAGAACCACAAAGGGAGUCUGUUAAAGAAAAAGACAAAUCAGAUACUGUCACAGAGGAGCCAGAAGAAAAAGAACAGUCUGCACCACGAGGGCGUAAAACUGCAAACAGUCAGGGCCGGCGAAAAGGCCGGAUUCUGAGGUCUAUGGCAAAAGAAGCCAUUGCGGAAGAACCACCCAAUCCUCCCCCUCCUCCUGAACUUGCUGUAACUGAGCCUGUAGAGACAUCCCGUUGGACAGAGGAAGAAAUGGAAGUAGCUAAAAAAGGUCUCGUAGAACAUGGAAGGAACUGGGCAGCCAUUGCCAAAAUGGUGGGCACCAAAAGCGAAGCACAAUGCAAGAACUUCUACUUUAACUAUAAGAGGCGGCACAAUCUGGAUAUGUUACUUCAGCAGCACAAGCUUAGAGUGCAACAGAUGUCACGGAGGUCACGGGAAGACCGGGAAGUUUCUCAAUGUGAAAGCAUUGCCUCGACUGUGUCUGUACAAGAAGACGAGGACAAUGAAGUAUCCAAUGAAGAGGAGAAUGCAGAGGAUAGUGAAGCAGCGGAAAACAGCUCAGAUACUGAGAGUGCACCUUCACCGUCUCCUAUGGAAACAAGCAAGUCAAGUAAAGAGAGUACAGAGCCCAACAGGUUGGUGGGAGAAGAACUUAAUCCUACCACUCAGAAUAACUCAGAUGUGCAACCAGUGUCAGUAACACCAGCUGCCUCCUCACCUGAACUUCAGAUCAAGCAAGAGAUGAACUUGGGUUUUGAGGAGUCAAUGGAGGAGCAGAGGGACCCUGAAGCUGAAGCAAAGCCUCUUUUUGAUCCCUUGGUAAAGGCCAAAUCUGAACCAGUGGAUAUGGAUGUUAAGCCUGAAGAAAAUGUACAGGUUAAAGUAGAAGUGGAUGCUAAGGAGAAGGAGUUUGAGAAAGUUAGGCAGCAGGAAACUGGUUGUGAGGUUUUGGACCUGCCGCAACAUGGAGCACCAGCGGAACCUCAUUCAGACAACGAUUCUAGUGCAACUUGUAGUGCAGAUGAAGUGGAGGAUGGCGAGAGCGAAAGGCAAAGGGUGUUUUCUCCAGAAACAAAGCCAUCAUUGCUGAAACCUCUCAACACUGUACUGAUAACUUCAACCAUGAAGCCAGUUCAGAUGGAUAUCCAACAACUUCAGCAGCGAGCAGCGAUGAUUCCCAGUAUGAUGGCUACUCCAUAUGUACCUGUCAGUGCUCCAAUGAGUGGCCUGGCAUUGUUACAGCGACACAUCAAAGCUGCACAUGACUCUGCACUACAGGAGGAGCCAGUGCGUCAACGUCAAGAACAUCUAGACACUGAGCGCAGGAAUUCUGCCAGCCCCAAUGUUAGCAGCAAGAACUGUCCUGUUCCAAACAGAGAAGGUAAAUCAUUUGCUUUCAUGCCAUUUCACGAGAACCGGCGAGUGAUGGAGCAGGAACCUCAGGCAGCAGGGGCAAGAUCGGCAUCACCUUAUCGGUUGUCUCCAAGGGAAUCCUGUAAGCUUUCUCCACAACCAGAGCUGAAUGCCUUGCGGUACAGUGUACCACCAGUUCUUCAGCCUGCUCCACAUCAAGUGAUGCAAACAUCUGAGGGAGGAAAAAUAGUGAUUACCAGACCAACAAGACCAUCCAAUAUUCCCUCCCCUCCUCCACUCAUCCCUUCAACGAAACCACCACUACCCUCUGAGAAGCCAUCGUUCAUAAUGGGAGGCUCCAUCUCGCAGCAGUACAUGGACGCAGCUACCUGCCACAGUUGGUUACAGGUAACUCCUGGCGUGUAUCUACCCCCUCACAGCCAAGUAUCUUAUAGCCAAGAAGCUGUGAAAAAUGCAGUGGGUUCUAUUUCCUUGGGGCUGCCAAGGCAACAGGAGCCUGUGAAACCUGGUCCAUUACAAUACAUUAAACAAGAGGAACUCUCUCCCAGGAGCCACAAUCCCCAGCCUGAGGGCCUGCUGUCCAGGGCAGCUUAUGAAGCCAAUAUGGUGAGAGGUGGUCCAAUCGCAACCAUUCAGGACACCGGUUUAACAAGAGGCAGCCCAAUAAACAAGGUUUCUGCAGAACCACCCUCUUACCGGGGCUCCAUCACUCAGGGCACACCAGGUCUGUCACAACAAGGCAUAGCUGCAGAUACGCUGCUGAAAGGAGCAAUCGGUAAAUUGGCCACUGAGGAGUCGGGGAGCCCUGAACAGUCCCGGGAAGAGGCAAUGUCUAAAGGUCAUGUCAUCUAUGAAAGUAAGAGUGGUCACAUACUGUCCUAUGAUACUGCAAAGAAUGUACGAGAGGGCACAAGGAGUCCCAGAACAGGCCUUGAGCUCCACGGAGUCAAGCGGAGCUACGAUCUCAUGGAAGGUGGAUUAAAUCGAGGACUCCCAGUGCGCGAGUCUCCGGUGUCUGCGCCAUACGAAGGUCUCAUCAGUCGUGCAAGGGAGAGCCCUCAUUUACCAGACUCUAAAGACCGGGCUGUUCCAUCAGGGUCAAUAAUGCAAGGUACACCCAGAGCUUCCAGUGAGAACUAUGAAGAAGGCAUAAAGUAUAGCAAGCAGAUUAAGCGGGAAAGUCCACCGCUGCGAACUUUUGAGGGGUCUAUUACUAAAGGCAAACCUUAUGAGGGAGUCACCACCAUUAAAGAGAUGGGUCGCUCAAUUCAUGAGAUUCCAAGGCAAGAAAGUCGGAAAACCCCAGAAAUAGUACAAGGCACACGAUCAAUUGUGGAAGGUUCAAUAUCACAGGGGACCCCAGUGAAGCACGAGAGCCAGUCUGCCAUUAAACAUGAUGUCAAGUCUCUGAUCACAGUGGCUAGCAAACACCCACACCCCAUGCACCAGUUGGAGAAGAUCUCAGAGGGAGUGAAAGUCAUGGAAAGGAAGUAUGAAGAUAUGAAACCGACUGACCAGUUAAGGGGCCGCCAUAGUGCAGUGGCUAGUUCUGGGACAUCAGUUCUCAGGUCAACAAUGCAUGAAGCUUCAAAACCUCAGCUGAGUCCAGGCCUGUAUGACGAUCCUAAUGCAAGGCGGACACCAGUAGGGUAUCCUGGCUUCAUUACCAGGGGUCCACCCAUGGUCAGCAGAUCACAAGAAGGUGUUGCAACUUCAGGGAAGUCCAGUGGCCCUGAAAGGAAAGCUACAUUAGUCCCAGCACAAAGAGAGAACAUAUCUGUCAAGUCUCCAGUCUCUGUAGUGGAUCCAUCUGCAACUCUCAGCCCUUACGACUCUAUCCAUGGGCGAGGGAAUCCUGAAUUCAGAGGUCAUGUUCCUCUUCCAUUUGACCAGACAAUGGCUUUCCAUCGAGCAUUAGACCCAGCAUACCUGUUUUCCCGGCAACUUUCCCCUAACCCCAAUUAUUCAAAUCACUAUCAACUGUAUGCAAUGGAGAACACACGGCAGACCAUUCUCAAUGACUAUAUUACUUCCCAACAAAUGCAAGUUAUCACCAAGCCAGACGGUACUAGGGGGAUGUCACCACGAGAAACUUUAGGUGUCCCCUAUGCUUCUGGAGCCAGAGGGAUCAUCGACUUGGCACAGAUGCCACACACGAUCCUUGUGCCAGGUGGGAGCAGUACUCCUCCCAUGGACAGGAUAACCUAUAUUCCUGGUAACCAAGCGCCUUAUCCAGGCCGGUACAACCACUCUCCUAUAUCACCAGGUCACCCUGCACAUAUAUCUGCAUCCACAGCAAAUGCAGAGCGUGAGAGGGAAAAAGAGAGAGAGAGGGAAAGAGAACGGGAACAGAGAGAAAGAGAAAGAUUAGCUGUGACAACUUGUGACCUGUCUUAUCUCAGAGCAGGUCCUGAACAGACCAGUAGACCCAGCAGUCAUGGCUAUGUCCGUUCCCCAUCCCCAUCAAUACGAGCGCAAGAGACCAUGUUACAGCAGCGACCAAGUAUAUUCCAAGGAGCCAGUGGCAAGGGUGUUAUAACCUCGCUUGAUGCAGCUACACAGCCUCGGAUAAUGUAUGUUAGAUCGAUCUUCAAGCAAGUUCCCCAGGGAGCCCUAUCCAUGACACCCGGGCUGUCCACCUCUCGCUUCAGCACAGCUGCAGAUGCCCUUGCUGCAUUGGUGGAUGCUGCAGCCUUAGCACCUCAAAUGGAGAUGGCAAAGGGGAAGGACAGCAAGCAUGAAGCCCCCCGAGUGGAAGAAGUAACUUCUCGCAGAAUCUCUGAGCAGCAACAGCAGCAGCACCAUCAUCAGCAGCAAUCAACGGAACAUGAGCGGCGUCCAGUGCAGUCUCCGUACUCAUCAUCGGCCAAGUCUCAGGCACAGGCUGGGUAUCCAGACAAAGCACCACCCCCCAAAUCCCGGUACGAAGAGGAACUUAGGACUCGGGGGAAGACCACUAUAACAGCUGCCAGCUUUAUCGAUGUGAUCAUCACAAAGCAGAUCGCUUCCGACAAAGACGGUCGAGAGCGAGGGUCUCACAGCUCAGAUUCCUCCAGCAGUGUGUCUUCUCAUCGCUAUGACAUAUCGAGUACAGAUGCGAUUGAAGUGAUUAGCCCUGCAAGUUCUCCAGUACAGUCACAAGAGAAGGCUGAAUCCUUCCAACAGGAGAUGCACAAGCCUUCCCAGGGAGAUGGUGAACCAAGUGCUCGGAUAUUCGAUACAGCCAUGAGUCGAUAUAGGGUGAUGCAGAAAUCUCCAUCGCCACAACAGCAGCCACCAUCAUCCUCACAGGCUGACAGUGUGUAUCCGUCUGCCUCUAACCCUCAAGUUUCCAAAACACACAAAUUGAUCACUCUUGCUGAUCACAUCCAUCAUAUUAUCACCCAGGACUUUGCCCGAAACCAAGCCAGCAGCCCAUUAUCACACCAGCCACCAGUGUCAACUUUCCAGACUGCAUCAACAGUGUCCUCUAACCGAGGAAAGGUUUCAACCCAUUACAGCACAGACUCUCAGACCCAGAGCAGUCAAACUUCCCUUCUUCAGAGGCCACCAUCUCGAGUCUCCCCUGAGAACACAACUGAAAAAGGCAGGGCAAGGCCUGGGAAAUCCCCAGAACGAAGUCAUGUUUCAUCAGAAUCUUAUGAGCCUAUUUCUCCGCCCCAGGCCCCUGCAACCCUAGAGAAACAGGAGAGUGUAGUCCAGGCUCCUCAGCGAAGGGAAAGGGAAGCAGAGCCUACUGAACAGAGGCUGCCCCCAAGUAAUGAAUGGCUUCCGAUGCCGUUGCUUGUGCGAAGAGGUCGUGCCCCAGAUUCUGCUGCAAGGAGUGACUCGAGAUCACCAGGAAACAUAAGCUAUUCACCAGCGUUCUUCACUAAACUGGAAAACACUUCCCCAAUGGUGAAGUCAAAGAAACAGGAGAUAUUUCGUAAGUUGAACUCCUCUGGCGGCGGGGAGUCUGACAUUGCUAAUGCUCAACCUGGGACCGAGAUAUUUAACCUACCAGCGGUUACCACAUCAGGUGUGGUUUCAUACAAGAAAGGCGGAGUCAGUGCUCGGAGUAAUUCCUUUGCAGAUCCGGCCAGUAAUCUCGGCCUCGAGGACAUUAUCAGGAAAGCCUUAAUGGGGAAAUAUGAUGACAAAGGAGAAGACCACCAAGGGGUUCUAGCCCACCCUGUGAGUGCGACGCAGGACAACAUGAGCACUAGCAUCCCUGUGUCUGCUGAUGCUCGGACUGAGGAGGCUAAUCCGUCACCUCCGUCAGGUUCAACUGCGUUCCCAUAUAAUCCACUGACGAUACGUAUGAUGAGUGUGGCACCAACAUCCAUCGCCUGUGCACCACCAACCAUGGGCCAAGCCAGUUCGCAUCCACCGACCAGGACGUGGGAGCGUGAACCAGCUCCCUUACUCUCCUCACAGUACGAGACACUGUCAGACAGUGAUGACUGAAUUCCAAAGUCUGGCUAAGAUUUUAGAAAGUGUUUCCAGUCUGCAGGCCACAGACAAGAGACUCUUCAGGAGCCUAAGUCAGUGAUUAAAAUAACUGAGCAUUUGUUCACAGCCAAAUGCAAAGCAGUUUCCAGUUCCUUUGAGCAGAUGUAGAUUGGAAUGUCACUGCUGAUCAGAAGUUUGUGUAGAGUUCACAAAGACAUUUUCUGCUCUCCAUUUAUUUUUUAAAAAAACUCUUUAAAUCAUUCUUGUGUAUUAUAGAAUUUUUCUCCCUAUGUAUCAUGCUACCAAUCUUACACAUUCUUAAACAGUGAAUUUGAUUGCUACAACAUGUAGGAUAUACAUCAAUGAGGUGAGCCCAAAGGACUGGUAUAUUCAUUGUAAAUUGUUUCAUUUUGUCUUUAAUUAUUUAGCAGUACUGCUAUGAUAUUAAUGCAUGGAUGUAUUAUGAUUCAUUGUAAGAUGCGAUUUGAAGGGAGUAUGUACCCUGGUGUGUUUGGGCUCGGGAAGAGGCCUCACCCUACAACUGUGCACAAUGUUAACCCAAAGGGAACAUCCUGUACCUCCAUCUCAUGUUUCUGCAUCUCUUCCCUCCCCCAAUGCUUGUAAAACAAAAUAGUUUGAAAAUCUGAGAAAUGUAAGAAGCUCUCAAAGAUGCUUCCAGAAGUUAAUCUUUUAUUGUUAAUGGUGGGAAUGGGAGAGAGCUGUUUCCUCAAGAGGUUUAACGGUUGAACUGAAGCUGGAAAACUGUUUCAAAUGGAAGAUGACAUUCUGUUCUGCCUGCUGGUUGGAGCCUCUUAACACUGGAUGCCAGGGUCACAUUUCAAAUGGAGUUCCUAUGGGUGGUUGGCAGUCUGUUUCUGUUAUGAUGUCAGAAGAUUGUAACAAUUAUUUGCACACUGCCUCUCACACAUUGGAGAGGUUAAGGGAGAUGGUAGUAUGUAUUGCCCAGUAACAUCUGGAUGCAGUUGUGAAGAAUUCUAAACUUCACUCAAAGUUUACUGAGAGUCCUGCGCUGUCUGACUGCUGAUUGCAAGUGUUUAAAGUACGGUAUCUCUCUUCAGCUUUAGUCCUCAAUGCUGGAUGUGUUUUGCAACUUUGAAAAUGCAUGCUUCUCCCUAGUUUGGGAGAAGUCCUGCAAAUAAUCCUAAUGUGACUGUGGCCUAUGGAAGUUGAAGGAGCUGCACAAAGAGUUCCUCAUCUGGAAUGGGUCGUGUUAUUUUCUUUGUUCAGGACUGCCCACAGCUUUCACAGCAGGGCAGGGGUUGAAUUCUGAUAAUUAUUUUAACUGCACUGUAUUGUAAUUGCAACCUCCCUUCCUGCCCGCCCGCCAGCCAACUGAGGCUAACACCUGCCUUUUAAAGUAGCUCACCAUUCCAAAAAUCAGACCAUUCAUGUAAAUGUUAUUAGCCUGAAAUAAAGAUGGCAUCUGA